CCUGAAUAUUAUUUGAAAUUCUCUCGGAAAUUUGUAAGAUUUUUCACUGAAUUGAACACCGUAUCUUUCUAGCUCUUACUACUAUUUCACAAAUUGUAAUGUCUAAAAAUGAAAUGCUUCGCCGAUUAUAUAGCUUCGGUUCCCCCACUUAUCGAUAUAAAUGGAUUAGUUCUCCAAUAAAAACAAAAAAUUUGUUUUUCCUAACUACAAACAAUUUAAUAAAAAAUAUGAACUUCGGAUGAAAUAUAAAUAAAAUUGAUUGUGUUUUUCAAUGUUUACUUGAAAAAUGUACGGUAAUUAUUGUGAAAUUUGAGAAAAUGUGUUAUUUUACUUUAGGGAAAAUUUAUUUUUACCAUGUUUGGGUUGGCUGCACUGAAUCGUUUAAAAUUUAUUCAUCGUUUUGAAAAUGUAUAAAAAUAUUAUUUAAUACGAUAAGACGGAUUACUUUGCUACUGUAUUACUUUAAUUUAUACAAAUCUGCUUUCUAAAUAUGUUUAGAUUUGGAAUAAAAUACACAAAAGAUGAAAAUGCAGUGUCAAAAAGCAAUUGUCAAAAUGUCAAACUGUCAUUAAACUUUCAACUUUCCAGAAUUUAAAAAGACAACAAGAAAGGGUAGUGUGAAUGUGAAACAUUUCUUCGAACAUAAUUUGUGUAUUUUCUAAUGUAGAUAGUAUUCUUUAUGUUCUGGAUUGGUUCCAGAGAAAUUUGCAGUGAUUAUUUAUAUAUAUUUAUCAAGUGUAUGCUUCCACCAGUUAAAAUGGCUGGAGCAAAUGAUCGACACCUGUAUCCAAAUAAUGAUACAAGCAGCGAUACUGAAGACUACACAGAUGACAGAAGAAGAAGGGUCUUCAAGAACAGACUCAGGUCUCGAGCAGUCCUUCAGCCGUCAUGCUCCAAAUCGCAGUGCCCUACUCAGUUGAACGCCCAAGGGGGCACCGUGACCGAAGACCGAGUGACGUUAGUAGUGGAUAAUACUCGUUUCGUUGUGGACCCGGCCAUCUUCACCGCACAUCCCAACACGAUGUUGGGCAGGAUGUUCAGUUCCUCACUCGAAUUUACCCAUCCAAAUGAAAGGGGCGAAUAUGAAGUGGCCGACGGGAUACCAGCUUCGGUUUUUAGGGCCAUAUUGGAGUACUACAAAGGAGGCCUGAUUAAAUGUCCCCCAUCUGUGUCCGUGCAGGAGCUCAGAGAGGCUUGUGAUUACUUGUUGGUUCCUUUCGAUGCCAAUACAGUCAGGUGCCAAAAUUUACGUGGUCUUCUACAUGAAUUAUCCAAUGAGGGGGCCAGAUGCCAAUUCGAAGUGUUCCUCGAAGAGCUGAUACUGCCGUUGAUGGUGAACUCCGCCCAAAGGGGCGACAGAGAGUGUCACAUUGUCGUUUUAUUGGAUGACGAUACAGUAGAUUGGGACGAAGAAUAUCCACCUCAAAUGGGCGAGGAGUACAGCCAGACUGUUAACAGUACUGCCAUGUAUAGAUUUUUCAAGUACAUCGAGAACAGAGAUGUGGCCAAGCAAGUGUUAAAGGAUCGCGGUUUGAAGAAGAUCAGGCUUGGAAUUGAAGGUUAUCCAACAUACAAAGAGAAAGUGAAGAAACGCCCAGGGGGCCGAGCAGAGGUGAUCUACAACUACGUCCAACGGCCAUUCAUCCACAUGUCGUGGGAAAAGGAGGAGGCCAAAAGUCGCCACGUCGACUUCCAAUGUGUCAAGUCCAAGAGUGUGACAAAUUUGGCCGAGGCCACAGCCGAUCCGGUCAUGGAACUCGACUCCAGGGGGAACCCCAUGGUAUCGUCGAUGAUGGCACAGCAUCUGCUUCCCGUGGUGGAGCCCCAGGUUCCACCUUCCGCGGCUGAGAAUGACGAGGGGGCCGUUGGAGGAAUCCCCGAUUUGGAUGCGGGGAAUCAUUUAAAUUCAGACGAGCACAAUUUGUAGAUUUUUCGUUUUUGAUUCCUCGAAAGUUGUUGGGAUUGUUGUUGUAGCGAUUGGUGCUGUUGUCGAUUUUUUUUUUUAGGAAUUUUAGCUUUGUUUUUUAGAUGUGCCAUGGAAUUAGUUCAUUGAUGAUAACGAUAAUGACAAGGAAAGUGCAUUAUAUCUUGAGGAAAACACUGUUUUCAUAAGUGAUUAAGAAAAAUAAACAACUUUAAAUAAGCGAAAAUGUUAAGAAUGCGUUUUUUUACAUUGUUACUAAUUCCAUGACAUUGGCUGAAUUGAGUUUUAUGAUGAAAUAUUUUGAUAAAUUGUUUUUUUAUAUUCAUGUAUAGGGUGUUAUUUCUCAUGGAUUUAAUAUAACAAUGUUAAAUCGUGAUGAAAAAACAUCUAGUAUAUGACCCAGUCCUAUUUUUUUACUAAAAAGACUGGGUUUUAUUUAACUGCUUGUGAUUCAUUUGUUAUUUGGGUAUAUACUCGUAGUGUAUUCAAAUAUAUCCAUGAGAUUUAAAUGUUAUUUAAUGAUAUUUAUACUAAAAAAAAACAAUAUAUAAUAUCGACUUUUUAAAAAUUUUGAUGUGUGAGGGCACAAAGUAAUUGUUAAGUGUGCAUUUUUCAUAUUUCCUAUACAUACAUCACAUCCAACAAAUAUUAAUAUCUUGAUACGGUAUCAGAAAUUAUGUUUGUAUUUCCUGGCUUGUGAAACCUUCAGAUCCUUUCGAAUCGUGUGGAUUAAAUGCGUUAUUCUAUAAUUAUUUAAUUUAUAUAGAGUAUGCUGGAUAUUAGUGCUAAAAUCUAAUAUUUAUUUGAGCCAAACUUUUUCUAGAAUUGAAACAAGCUGAAAUAUUAUUUGUAACAAAUUAGUAUGUUUUGAUGCAAGUAAAUACUGACCUACAUAAUAAGAAAUUAGUAGUACCUUUUGUUUUUAAUCAAACAGGUAAAAAGCAUUAAAAAAAUUAAUAUUCAAAGAAAUAACGCAUUUAUUUACACAAAAGACAGUUAAUAUGCUUGCCUAAUAAAGAAAUACACAUUAUUUCUCACUUUCAGGGAUUCAAGUACUUUUCGUCCCCUUUCUCCGUAAUAAAAUACUAUUUUGGAUGGAAUAUUGAUAUAAAAUAAUUUUGAUGAAAAGUACAGUGUUAUUUGCACAUUCCUUUAUGUAUAUAACAGUUUCAGUGUCCCAAAUUAUCAUCAAAACCCUUGAGACUGAUGUUUUAAUUUCUUUGUCCAUUGUUGCUCAUUAUUUUUUGUGUAAACAUUUAUUGUUUGUGUACUGGGUUUGAUACUGCCCAUUUUUUACAAGGUUUUUUCUUAGAAAAAAAAAUACAAUUCAAACAUCUAUAGUGUUUUGGGGUAAAAAAGAACAUGGACAAAACUUAAUACAAUGUUUUGAUCACAAAUGUUUAGUAAAGGCAUUGAAAAGUACUUAUGGGUAAAAAAAAUUUUGUUCUGUUCUCUUUUAAUCUAAAACAGCCUAUGUAUUUGCUUUUUUUACCAUUUUAGCUAGAAUUUUGUACUUGUUUUAUUAUAAAAUGCAAAUAUAUAUUGUCAAUGUAUUGUUGUUUUAUUCAUAUUUUACUGAAAGACAAUCAACAUAACAUAUUUUUUGUGUUUAAAAGUCUUAACUAUCCUAAUUUUUUGGGGUAAGUGGUUCUUGAAGUCUAAAGCAAUCACUGACGGUCUUCCAUUUAUCUCCCUGAGCUGUUACUAUGAAAUUUUGCUGAAAUGUUUUAGGUGAUUUAUCCUGAUACUUCACUGUCCCUGUGACUUGAAUCAUUAAUGUUGUUUGUCCAUUUACAGCUGACUAAAAUAGGCUGUGAAUCUAAAGUAGUUAUAGUAUGAUCAGUGCCAGGUAGAUCCAUGAGGAAUUUUACUAUUUUUUUACUUCCAAUUACUCCAUUACCAUUCCAUGACAAAACUCCUGUUUCUAAAUACAAUUUAUUUAUUAU